AUGGCGGACCCGUUCUCAAUCACCGCUGCGAGCGCUGGGCUGAUCGAGAUACUGUGGAACUGUAGCGGCUACGUCAAAAAGAUUCUCGAGUCGGCUGGGAAGAUCGAUGAAACCAUCUUCGGUCUGGACCAUGAAAUAGGUGCACUUAUCUCGGUCAACAAAUCUCUAGAGGAAGCAUACAACGCAGAGAAUAUUAAGUUUCCUGGCACAUCUUUGGUAGAAAAAGCUCGCGUCGAAAGUCUGUGGCACAAUGUUGGGACACUAUUGCAAGACUGCCAAAAGACGGUAGAGGAAUUGGCGGAACUGUUAUCGGAAGUUAGUGGCACAGCAUCAUCUGCCACCUCAAAGCUUGGUGGGAAGAUAGACAAUUUGAAGAAAUCCAUUCGAAUGGACAUCAAGGAUGACGAAUUUAAGAAGAUACGGUUGAGGCUGGUGAACUACCAAAAUAGUCUCCAGGUCUUACUAACUGCGCUCACUCUUGCUUAUACACGGAGUUCCCAAGACUCAACCGAUUUAUCGCUUGGUUAUCUUUCUCAAGAGAUGCAAACGAUAGGGUUCAAGCUUCAAUCCCAGAUAGCUUCUCUGCGACCAAGGCUAGUCUCUAUAGGUAGCACGCACUUCCUCGACGCUAUUAAUUCUGCAGCUGCGGUAGCCAACCUUGUAUCAAUCAACAAGCACUUCUACAUCCCACAAACUGUUAGCAGUAUAUUCACCGGUAGACAACAAUUGUUGGCGGACCUGCAGGGGUAUUUCGACGUCUUUGGAGAAUCUACAAAGCCCACGAGUAUUCAGAAGCGGUUCAUUGUUUAUGGUCUUGGUGGAUCUGGCAAGACGCAAUUCUGCUGCAAAUUCGCACAGCACAAUCGGCAAAAUUUUUGGGGUAUAUUUUGCAUUGAUGCGACGUCUCCUGAGACCGCCGAGCAUUCAUUCUCGAAGAUACUCAAAAUCGGAAAAGUCGAGCCCAGUGAAGGAUCUAGUCAGCGUGCUGCGAAAGAUUGGCUGUCGAGUCUUGACCACCCAUGGCUUCUUACUAUUGACAACGCUGAUGACCCAUCUCAUCCCCUCGAGGACUAUUUCCCCGACGGCGAACGCGGAUAUAUUCUUGUUACCACCCGGGACCCAACGAAGAAAGUACACGGGACAGUAGGCCCGAAGUUCUACCACUUUGAGCAGCUGGAGACAGACGAGGCAAAUAAUCUACUCUUAAAGGCAGCUUGCCAGCCUACACCAUGGGAUCUUUCAAUCAUAAAAUCUGCCGACUCCAUCGCCGCCGCCCUUGGCUUUCUACCUCUUGCAUUAGUCCAGGCCGGCAGAGCCAUCAUGAAUGGUAUAUGUUCGUUAGCAAAUUACACCGACCAUUACCACAUGAGCUGGCAGCGGAUUCGGCAUGCUCGAAGGAACUCUCGUUACAAGGGGAACGAGACUACGAACUGGAAUGUCUACUCAAGCUACGAAAUCAAUUUAAAAAAUCUGGAGGAGUCAAACGACGAAGAAGCUCUGGAUGCAGUAGAACUCCUGAAAAUGUUCUCCUGCUUCCAUUGUGAAAAUAUCCGCAUUGAUUUCCUCAUCACUGCUGCAGUCAAUCCAGCAGUCGAGCGAGAGCAACGACAAAAGGAUCAAGAGGAGGAAGCUCGAAUGAAGUUACUUGCCAGAGAGCAGACAUGGAAGGAAUACUUUAGAGAUACGAUCUUCGGAAUUUUCGAAUUUGUUACAAGGGAUCGAGGCCCUGCUAUCCUCCCUGGAGUACUACGAGAUGAAAGACAUGCAUCCCUGUUUGACGAGCUACGUUUACGGUAUGCCUUAGGGAGACUCUGUCGCAUGUCCUUGAUCACUCACCACGAGUCAUCAGACAUAUACUCGAUGCAUCCGUUGGUGCACACGUGGGUACGGGAGCGGCCUGAGAUGAGCAUCACAGAGGGAGCACUCUGGUGCCAAGCUGCUACAACCGCUCUAGCACAAUCUAUUCUUCUACCUCCACACGGUUCUUCUGAGAAAGAAGAAGACAUGCGUAGGAGUCUCUUACCGCAUAUCAACCACGUUCGAAAAUGUCAGAUGGACAUCAGUCUGAAGAUAGCCAACCAUCGGAAAGGACGAAAAUUUACUUGGAUGCCAGCCCUCACGAGUGGGUUUGGAAGACGACAGGCCCUGGAAUUCGCAAAAUUCAGUCGGGUUUAUCAGGAAUGCGGUUUAUGGAAUGAGGCAGAAGAACUUCAGGUCGCGGUGAAAGUCUUCAUUUGCGACAAGUUGGGCAACGAGCAUCCUGCCGCCAUCGCCAUAAUGUUAUUCCUCUCGGCUACCUAUUGGAACCAGGCUCGUACGAACGAAGCAGCAGAACUUCAAGAACAGGUUUACCGAGCUUGUCUAAAAUCUCUAGGUCCCGAUCACCCAAGGACGCUCAAAGUCAUGGACACGUUGGGUUCCAGUAAAUGUUUUCAAGGGAGGUAUAAGGACUCGCUACAGCUUCACGAGAAGGCAAUUGAGGGAAUGAAAAAAACGCCAUUAGCCAAGGAGGAAGAUCUGUACAUUGCAAUGGGAAACCUAGGCCGAAUUUUAUGGAGGUAUUUCCGUUACGGGGAGGCGAAGGAUGCACAUACACAAGCUCUACAGGGCCUCAGAAGAAUAUUAGGACCUACUCAUCUCCAAACUCUGACCGCCAUGGAAGAUCUCGCCAUGUCAUAUCUCGAUUGUGGAGAAGAGUGGCUGGAGCGUGCACAUGACCUCAUGAUCGAGGUCCUUUCGCAACGAGAGUUUAGGCUAGGUAAAGAACAACCGUUCACCCUUCUAGCGAUCUGCAAUCUUGCUCGAGUAAAGAGUGCCAUGGACCAGACUGCCGAAGCAGAAGAAUUGUUUCGAGAUGCUAUACCCAUCGCGGAACGGAGUCUAGGCAUGAACCAUUUUGGAACACUCUCUGGGAAGGCCCACUUUGCACGGGUGCUCGUCCGGCAGAAGCGGUAUGAUGAGGCGGAAGAGAUAUUUAUCAAGGUUGUUGAGAAGCAGAGGUAUGCGAGUGCGGCUCGAGAGGAUGGUGAUCACCCUGAUCGGAUAUUCGCACUGUGGUAUUUAGUCGAAUGCUAUGCGUUGCAUGGGAAGGUGGAUGAUGCACUUGAGCGAGUUGACGAACUCGACGAGAUCGUUGCUACAAUUGGUGGGGAGGGACUUGGGAAGUUACAUCCAAUUCAGAAGAGACUGGCUGUGAAGCGAGGCGAGUUGGAACGUGCCCAAGGAGGAAUUGUUGUAUUCAGUUAUCCGAAGCGGUAUUACGGCAAGUCAGCAGCACCCCCCUCCGAAUCAAAGGCCGCUCUCUAUAAGUGA